AUGCAACUACGAGACUACUGCAUCAAAAAUAAAAUAAGUAUAGCGCUCAUACAAGAGCCAGUUUCCCUGUCAGGAAAAGUGUAUGGCUUCGAGGACUGCAGGGUAGUCGCAGCCAAAGACCCAGGCGCAGCGAUCAUAAUCACGAAUAAUGACCUACAGGUCAUUGAACUAACCCAGCACGUCUCAACACAUAUCGCCGCCAUAAGGGUGGGACAUGGCCCAAGAUCUGCAGUCCUCGUAUCUGCAUAUUUUAAAUACAACAUGCAUACGCACGUCUUCACCGAUAAACUUAGGGCAAUUCUCGAGUGUGGUACCGAGACACUAAUCGGGGCCGACACUAAUGGCCACUCGCCAAGAUGGCACAGCGCUGAUCUCAACCAAAGGGGCCGCAUAGUCGAAGACCUCAUUGACGACUACAACCUCAGUAUAUUAAACUCACCAGGUCACAUGGAUACCUACGCCCGUCGUGGCAUGGGAUCCUCGAACAUAGACGUAACACUCAACACGCAAGGCACAGCUGGUAACAUCACAGGCUGGCUAGUAAGCGAUGUCACUGAUAGCGAUCACCGCUUACUCAGCUACGCCCUGGACAUAACUACAAACAGGACUCAAGAGAGCAAACGUUUUGAUGUGGGCAGAGCGGACUGGGACUGCUUCUCCCAGGAGUUAGCAAGAAGCAUUUUGACAGUCCGAACGACGGCUGAUCUCAACGUACAUGCGUCAUCGCUGAUAGAUGUCAUAACCACCGUGGCUAAGAAAGCAAUUCCAACAAGGACCGGUAGACGGUGGAACAUAAAAAGACAACCUUGGUGGACGGAGACACUCACCUUUAUGAGGAAAAGGUUGAAUCUGGCCAAAAGACAAGGGCUCAUGCUUCACGACAGACAGGCAUAUAACCAUCUGAGGAAUCAUUACCUUCAGGAAAUAAGAAGUUCCAAAAUGACGGCAUGGAGGAAUAUGUCCUACGAUAUAAACGUGCACACCUGGGGCAAAGCGUUCAGGUACGCUAAAAAUGGUCCUCGCGUGACAGGCGUCACCUGUUCUUUGAGCAGAGCAGAUGGGACACUUACAGGGACAGUCGAUGAGACAAUGCUGUCAGACAAUACUGCUAGAUACCUUCGUUCCCGCAGACCCAGACCAGGGAGGGUCUCUGCGACAUGGACCGCUAAAACCACAUGUUCCGGUCAAAGAACUGGAAGUAAAAAACGCAAUAUGGCGAAUGAAGCCAUCAAAAGCUCCAGGACUGGACGGCAUAACAGCAGGGAUGCUUAG